ACAGAACAUGACACGACUAAAGCUUUUAGUGGUUGCCAUCAUUGUCAGUGUGUCUGACUCUUUCGCCAGAUGUCCGCCUGGUUGGGACCACCAUGGAAACUCUUGCUAUUUAUUCUCAAAGGAUACCCAAUCCUGGAGCGAGGCCUCGGAUACGUGCAAUUCUGUCGGUGAUGGUUUAGUUGCCAUUGAAUCGCAAAGUGAAGAGACAUUUUUACAAAAUAGGCUUCACCAUGAAUUUGCUAGCUUCAUGUUUUGGCUGGGAGGAUCGGAUCAGUUUCAGAACAACUCUCUCUGGUACUGGGUGGCAACUGAACAAAAGAUAAACAGUGGUUAUACCGACUGGUACCGUACCGAACCAGACCAUCCAGGUAAACAGCACUGUCUAGCGAUGAGAAAGGAUCUGAAUUAUCAAUGGUGUGACGACUACUGUCCGGAGCUGCAUGGCUACAUUUGUGAAAAAGCGAUGAACGAUGGGUCAGACCUCAUAGGCUAAUCCGAAAUACAUUCUAUCAAGAUCGGAUAUCCAAUCAUUUCCUUCAUUUUUUCUGC